GAUGCGAAGAACGGCCUCUCCGGGGGCGCCUCGACGGUCCUCAGGUUCGCGCGCUUCUACGGCCAGUGGUUCGGCUGGCCCGUCGAUGCCCCCAGGCGGCUCCUCGGCAUCUCCGUGGUGAUCAACCCCUGCGACGCGGUCCACCUGCCGGCACUGACCCAGCUCCUCGAGCGGAAGCUUCCCGCGCUGGUCUCCGUCAGGCUCGCCACCCCGCACCAGGGUGACGAGAAGGUCAUGCGGCUCGUCCGGGCGUUCCUCCGCGCCCUCGACACGUACAAGCAUCAGCCCAAGACGCUCGUGGACGGCUACAGGCCCGUGGACUUCCUGAAGAAGCUGGCGGUGAUGAAGGUGCCACCGCGGGCUUUGAAGACCACCCUGGCCCAGUCCAGGAGCUGUCCUCGAUUCCCGCGCAAAGUCUCCCCCACGCUCUGCGGUCUCACCCGCACGGCCGGGAUCUCGGAAUCGUUGACGCUCAAGUUUCGGAAGGUGCCCAGGUAUCCUGCAGCCUUCCCCAUCUCGCUGCCCCCAGGCGCCCCCGCGCGCGGGCGGGCGCUGCUGCUGCUGCCCGCCGCGCUCGCGCUCGCCCGCUGGGGCGCGAGCGCCGCCCUCGCCGACGGCGCUUGGCGGCGGGCGCCGGCGGCCCCGCGCGCCACGGGCGCGGCGGAGCGCCUGGCCCGCGCCGAGCACGAGGCGGCGGCUGCUCCGCUCGCGGCGACCGCGCACGAGGCGGCCGCCGGCGCGGACGGCUACGCUGGCUGUCUUCCUUCCGGCAGGCUCGCCGUGGGGGCUGGGGCCCUCGGUGCGGCCCUGCUGCUCAACAGGAAGUUGCUGGUCGAGGGCAACAUGAGCCAGUACGACCCCGCGCCCGGGACCCUGGAGGGCAGGCAGAUCCUGAUCACGGGUGGCAACACUGGGCUCGGCCGGGAAUCUGCCAUCAGGCUGGCUCGCGCUGGGGCGACGGUCGUGAUCACCGCCCGCACGGAUGCGAAGGGCGAGGAGGCGCGGGACGCCAUCCGGCGCGCGUCGGGCAGCGGCAGUGUCUACUACCUGAAGUUGGACCUGGCUGACUUGGCAAGCGUCAGGUCCUUCGUGGAGGCCUACAGGCAGCAGCCGUACGGAAGCCGGGUCGACGUCAUCAUGAACAACGCCGGCGUGAUGGCCAUCCCGGAGCGCCGGGACACGAAGGACGGCUUCGAGCAGCAGUUCGGCGUCAACCACCUAGGGCACUUCGCCCUGGUUGGCCUGAUGCUCCCUCUGCUUCGCAACUCGAGGGGCGUGGCGCGGGUCAUCAACGUUUCCAGCAUCGGUCACUUCGGCGCGACGAAGGAGCUUAUGGAUGACGCGAUCACCGCCCCAGAGAAGUACACGCAGUGGGGGGCGUACAGCCAAUCGAAGCUUGCGAACGUCCUCUUCGCGAAGGAGUUGGACAGGCGGUUCAAGGCCAGCGGUGUGAACGCUGUCGCCGUGUCCUGCCACCCCGGGGGCGUCGACACCGACCUGACACGAUGGGUGUACGCCGGCAACGACAGCGCCGCCGAGGGGAAGCAGCGGAGGGAGGAGAACAUCCUCGCCGACUCCCUCUAUCACUACCUCUCGCGCAGCGUCGAGCUGGGCGCGAACACGCAGAUCUACCUCGCCGCCAAGGAGGGCAGCGACGUGGACGGCGCGGGCGGGGCGUAUUUCGACAACAUGGCCCAGGCCUCCGUCAACCCAGCCGCCGACGACGAGGGGCUGGCCAGGAGGCUCUGGGCGGCGUCGGAGCGCCUGACCGGGGUCGAGUUCAAGCUCUGA